AUGCCCAGGUAUGCGAGGUUCCUGAAAGAGAUUAUAAGCAACAAAAGGAAGCUGGAGGACUUGGGACCAGUGAAUCUUAAUGCAGAAUGCUCAAACAUUCUUCAAAAUAAGCUACCAAUAAAGAGGCGUGAUCCAGGGAGUUCCACUGUUCCUUGUAUUAUUGGUGAUUUGCAUAUUAGUGAUGAUUUAGCUGAUUUAGGAGCUAGGAUCAAUUUAAUGUCUAGCAGUUUAUUUGAGAAAUUAGGUUUGAAUGAGCCUAAACCUACUAAGAUGAGCAUAAAGUUAGCAUAUAGGAUUAUGAAAUUUCGUAGGGGAAUAGUGGAAGAUGUACUUGUUAAGGUAGACAAGUUUAUAUUUCCGGUAGAUUUUAUUGUUAUGGAUACGAAGGGUGAGAGUAGCGUACCUUUAAUUCUAGGUAGACAUUUUCUUGCAACAUCUAGGGCUGUUAUAGAUGUGUGUGAUGGGAAGUUACAGCUUAGAGAGAUAUUACUUGAUGAUCCUUUACAGGUGGUAUUACAGGCUGAGGAUGAGGAGGAGUUGUCCAACGAGGAUGUAUUGGAACAACUUGCUUGUUUGUUGGCUAGUGAGCCGAGCAGGUCUGCUAACCAUUUUAUUGAUAUUGACAGGUCAGGGAUGCAGAAAUUGAGACCUUCACUUAAGGAGCCACCUGCCCUAGAGUUGAAGGAGUUGCCUAAGCACUUGACUUAUGCCUAUCUGGAUGAGGCGGAGAAGCUGCCGGCAGAUAUAGUUGUCGUUGUAGUGUUGGGUGCUUGGUGGAAUUUGCAGUAUGUAUUUGGCUUGUAUAUAGAAUUGAGGCUUCAUAACUGCGGAGAACUCAAUCUACUGGUAGGGCUAAGGGCUAGUCAAGGUGUUGGUGGACAGGACGCGAGUGUGAAGCGCCUAGUCCAAGCCAUAGAGAGUGUUAUUCAAGUGUUCUUAGCGCAUCAUGCGCCUAUUGAAGCUAGUGCCCUGGUGGGAGCUUCUUCAAAUGUUGUUAGAGAGACAUAG